AUGGAUGAAGAUAUAGCAAAUAUAAGCCAGGAUUCAGACAUGGAUAAACUGCAGAAACAGCUAAGAAUAUUGGGUAACACAAGGAGAGUCACUAUGGAAGAAAUCAGAAAUAUUGUUCGGAAACAAGUAACUGAACAUGACCAACUGAAGAAUGAUAACGAAGAAGUGAAAUUAUUACUGCAAUUAGUGCAAAGUGAGCGAUAUGAGAAAGCUGAUUCGAAGAUUCAUAAGAAUUUAUAUCAACUUGCAGACACAUAUGAUAAUGUUCAGCGAAAACUUUUGGAAACUAAAAAAAUUAUCACCCAAUUAGAUAAAGAAAUCAAUAGUUGUCAAAAAUCAGCUGGUUUAAAGCGUCAAAUAUCAGAAGUGGAUCCGAAACUCACAAAACAGGAAUCAUUAGAAAGACGUGCGAAUGUCACAGAGGACCGUUUACAAAGGCAAAUGGCAUACUUCCACAAGCAGCUAUCUCACAACAUCAAGUUGAGAAAAGAAAUUGAUAACAUUCGGCAAGAACGGAAAACUUACGAACAAAUUUAUAGUCGGAUGUCUAAUGAAUUGAAUAGCAUACGCAAAGAUAGGAAUGCCAUGCUCUCUGAUGCCACACAUUUUUACAAGGAAAGAGAAGAAGCACAAAUAAAACUCAUAAGUCUGCAAGAACGCCAAACAAAAGACCUUUCACAACAUCAACUGGAAAUUCGUAAGUAUGACCAAAAAAUUCAUCAUGAUGAUAGUCUUCAAGAAUUCAUUUCCAAAAAGACCAAAACACAUCAUUGCCUGAAAGAAGAUAGGACUAUUUCCUUAAAGAAAGAAGUGAAAGACUUUGCUACAGCAGGACACCAGCUUGAAAUAUAUGAUAAAGCCCUUCGAAGAAUUGAAGAAAUUACUGAAUUAACAGAUACUGAGUCAAUUAUCAGUAAUUUUAAGGCUAAUGAAGAAGAGAAUUUCUCUCUCUUUAAAUAUAUUAAUGAACAAAAUGCAGAGCAUGAAAAUCUAACAGAAAGCAUCAGAGAAUUACGUCAGAACAUAUCAGAAUUGGAAGAGAUCAGUGAAGGCAAGCAAGCUAAGCAAGAGGAUAAAAUUCUUUGUGUUAAGGGCAAAAUUUCAAAAUCAACUGAGCACUGUGACAAGCAAAGACAUUCACUGACUGAAAGAAGGAAAGUGUUUGAAGAAUUCUACCAUGGAAUGGAGUCAUUAUAUAACAUUCUUCAGUGUCCUUCAUUCAGAAGAGAUUCCUUAUCAAAUGAUUCCAAAACUGAUGAAAGGGCCAUUCAACAUCUCAUGAAUGGAAUUGAUCAGAAAGUCUCAAAAUUAAUAUAUAUCAACCAGUAUUUAGAAACUUCGAAUAAAAAAAAGAGAGAGAUGUUUGAAGACAACAAGUUGUUCCAGCCGUCAGAAAAUUCAUGGAAUUUCUUGAGCAUGGUUCCACCAAAUUUUGAAUGAAAAAUACUUUUAUACUUCAUGAGUACUCUUUAUCUAGUAAGUUUAUCAACAACCCCCAUUGGUUAGCUGGAUAAAAUACAAGAUUCCAGUUGUAAGUUUCUAUCUUAAAUGUAG